CAAUUAUUUGCCUGCCCGCUGGCUCCCGUCGCUUCCUCGCUUCACCCCUCUCGGCGAUCCGAUCUGAGUCUGUAGGUUUUGAGCAUGGGUGAGGCAAAGAAGAACGUCGACAUGGAGGAGGGAUCACUGGAGAUUGGCAUGGAGUACCGGACUGUUUCUGGAGUCGCAGGACCGCUUGUUAUCUUGGAGAAAGUGAAAGGUCCCAAGUACCAAGAGAUUGUUAAUAUACGAUUAGGAGAUGGCACCAUCCGACGUGGUCAGGUGCUGGAAGUUGAUGGUGAAAAAGCUGUUGUACAGGUUUUUGAAGGAACUUCAGGAAUUGACAACAAAUAUACCACUGUGCAAUUCACUGGCGAGGUUCUGAAAACCCCUGUAUCUCUUGAUAUGCUUGGGCGCAUUUUCAAUGGUUCUGGAAAGCCAAUAGAUAAUGGCCCUCCUAUAUUGCCUGAGGCCUAUUUGGAUAUAUCCGGAAGCUCUAUCAACCCCAGUGAAAGAACCUAUCCAGAAGAAAUGAUCCAAACUGGAAUAUCUACCAUUGAUGUUAUGAAUUCCAUUGCUCGAGGUCAGAAGAUUCCCCUCUUUUCUGCUGCUGGUCUCCCUCACAAUGAAAUAGCGGCUCAGAUUUGUCGUCAGGCUGGUCUUGUAAAGCGUCUGGAAAAAUCUGACAAUCUUCUGGAGAAGGAUGAAGAGGACAACUUUGCUAUUGUAUUUGCUGCUAUGGGAGUAAACAUGGAAACUGCACAAUUUUUCAAGCGUGAUUUUGAAGAAAAUGGUUCGAUGGAGAGGGUGACUCUUUUCCUAAACUUGGCAAAUGACCCUACAAUUGAGCGUAUUAUUACUCCACGAAUUGCGCUCACAACAGCAGAAUAUUUAGCUUAUGAAUGUGGGAAGCAUGUCCUUGUCAUCCUAACUGACAUGAGCUCCUACGCAGAUGCACUUCGUGAGGUUUCAGCAGCUCGGGAGGAGGUGCCAGGUCGACGUGGUUAUCCAGGGUAUAUGUACACUGAUUUGGCUACAAUAUAUGAGCGUGCUGGACGUAUAGAAGGAAGAAAAGGCUCCAUCACACAGAUACCAAUUUUAACCAUGCCAAAUGAUGAUAUUACCCAUCCCACUCCUGAUCUUACUGGUUAUAUCACUGAAGGCCAAAUUUAUAUCGAUAGGCAACUCCAUAAUCGUCAGAUAUAUCCUCCUAUCAAUGUUCUCCCAUCUUUGUCUCGGCUGAUGAAAAGUGCUAUUGGUGAAGGCAUGACCCGCCGUGAUCAUGCUGAUGUCUCUAACCAGCUUUAUGCCAAUUAUGCCAUUGGAAAGGAUGUUCAAGCAAUGAAAGCAGUUGUGGGAGAAGAGGCACUCUCAUCUGAGGAUUUGCUCUACCUCGAGUUCCUAGACAAGUUUGAAAGGAAAUUUGUUGCCCAAGGGGCCUAUGAUACUCGUAACAUCUUCCAAUCGCUUGACCUUGCAUGGACUCUCCUCCGCAUCUUCCCUCGCGAGCUUCUCCACCGCAUACCUGCAAAGACCUUAGAUCAGUAUUACAGCAGAGAUACAACACACUGAUUUUAUCUGUUCAACUUCAGGAUUUCAUCUUCUGAGGCACAAAUAAGUUGCUGGGUGUACUAAAAGCUCAGAAACUCGGGCUGUUUUUGUCCGAGCGUUUAGACUCUUAUUUUUUUUCUUGGCUCCCAAUCCUAGAGCAUUCUUAAUGCCUGCCUGAACAGCUUUUGUAAGUUCUUAAACACCGCCUUAAUUAUGGUUGUAUAUCUGUAUUUGUCUUAAAACUAAAAUUCAUACUUUAUUGUAACUCUAUUCUUGCUGUUUCUCGUCCGGAAUAAAGACUGUUAUAUAGCGAUUUUGUCCUA